AUGGAAAGAUUUCCCGAUAGUGAAUUACCAGCAGCUUGGGAAGAAGACGUUCGUUCAAAUUUAAUGAAGCACAGGCAAUUAUUUAUAAUGAAAACGCAAAAAGUUACAUCUUUGAGGGAAGAAUUAGAAAAAGAAGAAUUUUAUGUCGAGUAUUUAGAAAAUUUGUUGGCUGAUGUUGAAAAACAAAAGACUAGAGCUGCAGGAGAUGGGGAAGCUGCUGGUGAAGAUGAUUUAAAUUUAAAAGACAAUUUAGACAAACAAACAGAACUUACUGAAAUUCCAAAUAAAUUUUCAAAAUCCUGCAGUCAAAAUUCGAUUGAUCUGUGUAUUAAUGAAUUAGCCGACAGUGCUCCAGUCAAAGAAAAAACUUCUUCUUUUUUACCAAGUGGAACGGAGAGAUCUUUCAGUGUAGAAGAUGCCAAACAAAGUGGUGAUGAAAGUGAAAAAAGAAAUCUUGAUUGUAGGCAAAGGAGUUUAACACAGCCAAAUCUUUUAAAUUUUAUCACUGUCAUUGAAAUCAGUGGCAAGAAGAAAAUGGAUAUGCCUCUUAAGUGCCCUCCUAAGCCUCCACCGAAAACAUUUAUGAGACCCAUUCCAGAUGGCAAUAUAAAACCGAUUGAUUCAAAUAGUUUAGAAAAUGAAAAUUCUAAAAAAAGAAUAGGACCAACAUUGCCUUCGCCUGAAUUAUCUCAAAUCGAUAAAGAAAGUGUAGAAAAAUCACAAAAAAAUGAAGCUAAAAUUUCGGAUGAAGAUAAAAGUGAUAAUGAAGAUUCAACAGGGAAAUCUGGCGAAUCUUCAUAUGGAAAAAUUACAAAAAAUUUAUUACAUAAGACUGAAGAUGAAACAUUAAAUUCAAAUGGCCUUACAAGGAGUAACAAUCAUCAAUCAAUACAAUUUGGUAUUAAUCAAGAAAAAGACAAUUUAAAAAGCUCAGAAACAGAAAGUUUAGAAACACAAAGUGUAACCGAUAAGUUAGAAGAUGGAGAUGAUAGCAAAUUAGAUUUUGAAAAUAUUAUAGAAAGUGAGCCUUAUUACGACUCUGUACCUGCUGAAGACAGCGAUGGAGAGUCUCUAACUCUACCGAGUCGAGGUUCGUUGAGACCAAGCGUGGCAGCGAGCAAUUCAAAUUACGUUAACAUUGAUUAUUUUAUCAAGCAAAGACCGACAAUAGAAAGAAGUAGUUCCGUUGAAUCCGAAGAAAAUAUCAGCAACGCUUCCGAAUACACUCAAAUAGAUAAAAGUGACGAUUUUCCCUCGCUUUUGGUCGGAAAUGUCUCAGAUGGAACGUACACCAGUAAUUCUUCUCUCGAAUCUUCCGGAACGAAAAUUUCCGGGUCACUCGACGCCGAUCCUGCCGACAUGCAGAAAAAAAUCAUAGACUCCGUCAUCGAGUCAGAAACAAUAUACUUAGAGUGUUUAAACGUUUUGCUACAGUACAUGAAAGCUCUUAAAGCCACCCUGAGCACUUCUCAGCCUGUCAUUUCCGAAGAUGAACUCAACACCGUUUUUUAUAAAAUCCCAGAACUUCACGCGAUGCACAGCAAGUUUUUAGAGGGAUUGAAAAAUUGCACUUCUUACGGACAACACUUUUUAAAACUUGCUGAAAAUUUAAACGAAUAUGGCGCUUUUUUGCAUAACUACGGACGAGCUACGGAUACCGUUAAAAGGAGGAGUCAAAUAUGUCAGCAAUUUGCAGAAAUAACUUCCGACAUAAAAUUGAAAUCUCUUCAAGGGCAAAUUUUAUCAUUGGAAGAUUUGUUAUUCAAACCGGUGGCCCGAGUUCAAAAAAAUGCUCUCGUUUUAGAUGAUCUAUUAAAAUGUUGUUCAAGUUCUCAAAGCGAUCAGGAAGCAUUAAAAGAAGCAUUAUCACUAACGAAAACAUUUUUAGAUUCAUUUAACAUGAUUGAAACGAAAAAAAUGUUUGGUCACGAGGAUCGAGCUCAAAGAAGACUUGUAAAGAAUUCUUUCAUGGUUGAAUUAUGCGAGGGCCAUAGAAAAUUACGUCACUUAUUUUUAUUUAACGAUGUUAUGGCAUGUGCCAAAUAUAAAUCUACAGGAAGGGGUAAAAUUACUUUCGAAUUAAAAUGGUAUAUACAUUUAAAUGAUUUGAUUAUUUUAGAAGAAACUGCAAACGAGCCAAAAGAAAUUUCACCUCCGAAUUUGUUAUCUUUAAAAUCUCAAGCUUGCACAAUCAGAGAUCAAAUUUUGAGGGAUGAGGAAAAGAGAAAAUCGGGACUCGAAAAACAGAGAAAAAAAUUAGCCGCGUUGGAAGCUCAAUUGGUUUUAGCUUAUCCAGAUUUAGUUUUAAGGGUUGGACAGCGAAGUAAUCGUUUGUACACAUUUUUACUGUCGUCGGAAUUCGAAAGAACUCAAUGGAUCGAAGCAGUUCAUAAUUUACAAAAUACUUUUCAACAAAGUCAUUUACCCGGUCCGAAAAACAAUUCCGUGAGCAUGGUAGAACUUCAAGCGUGGGUGACAGCUUGCAGAGCAUUUUUAAAAACAAACAUGGGAUCUUACCUCAUGCGAACGGUUCAAGAUGAAAGUUUGCUACGGGGAGACUUGCACGUGACUCUGGGAUACCUUCACGGAUUAUCUCAUCCGAUGGAUUUGUUUUUGGUACUCGAAGUGGACAGUUACGGUCAUUAUUUUCGAAAAGCGAGAAGUAAACUCAUUUGUAGAUCCCUAAAUCCCAGAUGGGAUCAAAGUUUUGUCAUCGAUCUAGAGGGGAGUCAAAAUCUUAGAAUACUUUUGUACGAGGAAGCUCAAGAAAGAACGAUACUGAGGGGAAAAUCAACUCGAAAGCUUUCCGUGUCUUGGCUGGGGCCGAAUGAAGUUGCCAAAAAAAUAAGUUUAAGUGCCGGCGUCACAUUAGUUAUGAGGCUGAGAUUUCAACCGGCUGAUGUAUCCCUAAGAAGGAUACCCCAAUCCAAACCUUUGGGAUUCGGUAGUAAAAUACAACAAGUUUGUCGGAGAGAAGACAGAAGUGUGCCGUUCAUAAUAACGAGUUGCGUGAGGGAGGUUGAAAGAAGAGGGAUGACGGAAGUCGGGAUUUACAGAGUUUCCGGUUCCGCAUCCGAUUUAGCAAGACUAAAAAGAUCCUUCGAAACGAAUUGCUACGAAGCCGAACAAUUGCUCAAAGAAGUUUGUGUACAUUCCGUGACGGGGAUAUUAAAAUUAUAUUUGAGAGAAUUACCCGAAGCACUUUUCACGGAUUCCAAUUACGAAAAGUUUUUACACGCGUGGAAUUUGGGAGAAAAUCAAAGAGACGGAGCGUUAUCGAGUUGUUUUCAAUCUCUACCAAUACAAAAUCGCGAGAUUAUUAAUUUUCUUCUAGAUCAUUUAAUUAGAGUAAAUCAACACGAAUCGGCGAAUAAAAUGAGCCUACACAAUUUGGCCACCGUUUUCGGGCCCACAUUGCUACGACCGAGUUCGAAAGAAUCCAAAUCCCGGGAUUUGCUGGCACAGGGAACGUGUGACGUCAUGGCUCAAGCGGGGAUUUUGCAUCACUUUUUAAUGCAGAGACACGUUCGGUAG